AUGAAAUCUACUAAAAAAUCAAACUUCUCUAUUGAAGAAGACAUUCUACUAGUAAAUGCUUGGAUCAGAACUAGCAUUGAUCCAAUUCAAGGGACUGAUCAAAAAGGCAGCAAAUUUUGGGAUAGAAUUGGCAAAGACUAUCAUGAGAACAAGAAAGGAAACACGGUGGAACGUACGGUUCAUUCUUUAUCAAAUCGAUGGUCAUCAAUCCAAAAGUUUACCAACAAAUUCUGUGGGUUCUUAGCGCAAGUUGAAACAAAGAAUCCAAGUGGUGCUACUGAGGAAGAUAAGAUUAAUUUGGCAAAGGAUAUGUACCGGGACGAAUACUCUAUCGGAUUUCAAUUUGAACAUUGUUGGAACUUGUUGAAGACAUUGCCAAAAUGGAAGCAAUUGAAGCCAAUGUUGAGAAGGAAAUCCAUUGGUAUAAGUCCUUCUUCUCCUCAACUUGUGAUAAAUCUAGGGGAAGUCAAUGAUGAUGAAAAUGUUACUGUAGACUUAGAGAGACCUAUAGGCAAGAAGGCUGCGAAAGAGAGGGAGAAAAAAAGAAAGAGCAAAGAUUGUGGAGAGAAAGAGAUUGUGAUAGAGGUUUUGACUGAAUUAACAGAAGUGAAGAAAAGAUCGUAUGAGGAGAGAAAGAAAGAUAUUGAUAUGGCAAAAGAAGAGAUUGUUCGUAUUGAGAAACAAAAGCUUGAGAUUGAACUUAGGAAAGAGGCAAGGGAACAAAAGAAAGAAGAAAGAGAAAUUAUGAUGAUGGAUACAAGCUACUUGUCUUCAAUUCAGCUUGAAUAUAUUCAAUCUCUCCAAAUGGAAAUCAUGCAGAAGUGUAGGGCUAACUAG